UGUUAAUGAGAUCUACCUAUUCUCCUGUAUAAUUUUCAUUUUAUUGCAAUAGAUUAGAUCUUCUCCUUGCAAAUUCGAUAUUCCAAUUACUAAAUGUACAGAAAUACAAUAAAGAUUGGAUUAUCAAACUUGGAGUGAUGUCAAAAAAGGAAUACGUGAUAAAGUAUAAUCAAGAGUCCAAGGAUUUGAAAAUCAAAAAUUCAUUUAAAAGAGUGAUCUCCUGUAUAAUUUUAAGAACUCAGAUUAGAAAUUGUCCUCCUAAGCAUUAGCCUUACGAUCAUCAACAUCUUAUGUGAAAAAUCAUUUGGAAAACAAAUUCCCUAAAUAAGAGUCUCCCAUCAAAAUGGGUUUGACUCAUGCAAUCUAUUCUCCAAGUUAAAAACAAUCCAACCCAGUAGAUGAUAUCAAGAGAAGCAAUAUAUAUCCAUCUGCUUUUGGAACCUUAACUGAAAAAGAUAACUACAAGACCCACUCAUCCAAAAGAGACUUAAUGGGUUCCUUCAAAUCCAGUUCUGAUAUCAUUGAUUUCUCUCGAAAGAGCAAACCAAUAACAGAUCGAGUUUCCUUAACAGAAAUUAUCAAAAUCUCUAAUCAUUUAUCAGAUCUUCAAUCAACAGAAAUAACAUCCUUAAGCAAUGGUUACAUUUCAGAACUAGUAGGAUUAUAAUAAAACAUAAACAAACUAUUAAAAAAUGCAAAUAGUAAAUUCUACAAAUGA